AUGUCUGAUUGGAGAGAUCGUCGACAGACUCACCGCAGAUUCGCCGCCGGAGGUAGCGGUCCUGAUCAACGUGAUCCGCGAGACACCGAGCUUGACCGUUUUAGGGAUCGGAUUCGUGAUCUCGAGUUCGAGAAUGAGUAUUUGCGAAAUCAAGAGCAACGACGUGAUGAUGAACGCACCAGGACCGAUUCAGUCGUGUGGGAUGAUUACGAUCACCACGACGAUUUUCAUAAUGUUUUUGCACGUCAACAGCGCCGCCAACCGUCCCCUCAACGACCACCGAUUGAUCCGCUACGGGCACUUGGGUUACGUACGGAAAUACCGGCAUUCGAAGGACGCCUCCACGCUGAUGAUUUCCUUGACUGGUUACAAACAGUCGAUCGAGUUUUUGACCUACGUGACAUUCCCGAACAUUUAAAGGUAAAAAUUGUGGCUAUUCGUUUUCGUAAAUAUGCUUCAUUAUGGUGGGAAAACGUUCAGAAACAACGUCACCGGGAGGGUAAACACAAAGUCGAAACUUGGGAGAAAAUGAAACGGCUGUUGAAAAACAAAUUUUUGCCCGUUAACCACAAGCAAGACUCUUUUUUGGAUUACCAUAAUCUAAAACAGGGUUCUUUAACGGUCGAGGAAUUUAUUUCGGCUUUUGAACAACACCGUUUGAGAUGUGGUAUUGAAGAGGAAGACAAACAGAUAAUUGCGCGAUUUUUGGGGGCACUUAGAACCGAUAUAGCCGAUAUUGUCAGCCUACAACAAUAUUGGUCGUUUUCGGAUGUUUGUUUAUUAGCACAUCGGGUCGAAAAACAGUUAGCGUUAAAGGGAAAAUCCACAGCCCGAUUCACCUCCAACCAGCCCGUACCAGCCUUACCAAAUUCCGUUAAACCUGAGCCCAUUAAACUGCCAGCCCCAACCCCGCCCGUUAUCCCUUCUUCGGCCCAGAAUCAGGCCCAGCGGUGUUACAAGUGCCAUGGGCUUGGUCACUUAAAACGGGAAUGCCCCAAUAAGCAAGUGAUUGCUCUCAUCGAUGAACCAAAACCGGUUUACGACUCUGAACCGGAUGACGUUAACCCCGACACUACCCACCUAAUUUUACCUGACACUGGGGAAGCCUUGGUUAUUCAAAGGGUCCUCAACACCACCGUGGCCGAUCCCUCAGACGACGCCUUGUGGCUUCGAAACACGAUUUUUCGAACCAAAUGCACCGCAAAAGGCAAGGUUUGUACGGUCAUUAUAGAUGGGGGUAGUUGUGAAAAUAUCGUGUCCUCCACUAUGGUUGAAAAAGCUAAACAUGAUGGGUUUCGCAAUACGUACUCGUUCAAAAAAGACGGUAUUCAUAUCACCCUCACCCCUUGCGACCCACGUAAAGACCCCGGCCACUCCACGAUUGUCCCAAAAUCAGUAUUCACGACCCUUUUUAAGACCGAAACGACCCAAGUUAUUUUUGGCUUACUUCUGGCCGAACCGAACCCCGCCACUGCCCCUAUACCACCUACGGUCGCACCAUUAAUAGCCGAGUAUGCCGAUGUUUUCCCCAAUGACAUACCCGCGGGUCUACCUAUGAUGCAAGACAUCCAACAUUGCAUCGAUUUUAUACCCGGGGCGAGUAUACCUAAUAAACCGGCUUACCGUAUGAACCCAACCGAAUUUAAUGAGCUUAACCGUCAAGUGCAGGAGCUGUUGGAAAAAGGGUUAAUUCGGGAGAGUAUGAGUCGGUGCGCCGUGCCGGCCUUGUUAGUGCUGAAGCCGAAUGGCACGUUUCGGCCAAGCAAAGUUAAACCCGAGGCACGCCAAAUGGGUGAAACACUUCAGGAUUUUAAUUUCGUCAUUCGCCACAAAGCCGGAACCGCUAACUCCGUUGCCGAUGCUUUGAGCCGCCGCCCACUGUUGGUUUCCACAGCCCAGUUUCAUAUUCGGGAAUUCGACUCGUUCUCGGCCCUUUACCCCGAAGAUCCAGAUUUUCACGAUGUUUGGCGUCUUACUGAAUCCGGGUCAUACAAAUCGUUUGUUAGGCACAACGGCUUAUUGUUUCACGGCUCGAGAAUUUGUGUUCCUUUAUCGUCGUUUCGGGAGUCGAUCGUGUUGGAAUAUCAUCAAGGUGUCUUGGCUGGCCAUUUUGGUAGGGACAAGACCGUUUCACUUGUCAAGGAGCGUUUUUAA